CUCCGAGCAGCUUUGUGUCUGGCAGUUCACAUCCGCCGUGUUUUUCUUUUAAUUCAGCGAAACUCGCUCACGGUUUUCAGACUCAACUCUUGUCCCUCCGCGCCGUCUUGUUCACCGAAGCGGUUCAGCAUGUCUGGCUUUGACGACCCGGGAGUGUACUACAGUGACAGCUUCGGAGGUGGAGAAGGACCCGGCGUGGAUGAGGGGGGACAGAAGAGGAUCCAGAUCAAGAAACGAUUCCGUGAGUUCCUCCGGCAGUUCAGAGUGGGCACCGACCGCACCGGCUUCACAUAUAAAUACAGAGAUGAGCUUAAGAGACACUACACCCUGGGGGAGUACUGGGUGGAGGUGGAGAUGGAGGACCUUGCCAGCUUCGACGAGGAUCUGUCAGACUGUCUCUACAAGCUGCCAACGGAGAACCUGCCGCUGCUGGAGGAAGCUGCAAAGGAUGUAGCCGAUGAAGUGACCCGUCCCCGGCCUCUAGGGGAGGAGACGGUCCAGGACAUCCAGGUCACGCUGAAGAGUGACGCACACCACGCUUCCAUCCGCGGCCUCAAGUCCGAGCAGGUGUCUCGUCUGGUCAAGGUACACGGUAUCAUCAUCUCGGCCACAGCAGUGAAGGCGAAGGCCACCAAGGUGUGUCUGCAGUGUCGCGGCUGCCGCUCCGUCAUCAACAACAUCCCUCUGCCUCCAGGCCUGCAGGGUUACGCUCUGCCGCGAAAGUGCAAUACUGAGAAUGCCGGAAGGGUGAAGUGUCCCGUGGACCCUUACUUCAUCAUCCCGGACCGCUGCGUUUGUGUUGACUUCCAAACUCUCCGCCUGCAGGAAUCUCCAGACGCUGUGCCUCACGGGGAGAUGCCGCGCCACCUGCAGCUCUACUGUGACAGGUAUCUGUGUGACCGUGUGGUGCCAGGCAACAGAGUGACCAUCAUGGGAAUCUACUCUAUCAAGAAGAUGGCUGCUGCCAAGGCCAAAGGAAAAGAGAAAAGCGCUGGUGUGGGCAUUCGUGCAUCCUACCUGCGUGUGGUUGGCAUCCAGGUGGACACAGAAGGGGCAGGUCGUGGUGCUUCUGGAUCAGUCUCUCCACAGGAAGAGGAGGAACUGAGAGCGCUGGCUGCCACUCCUAACAUCUACGACUCUCUGGCACGCUCCGUAGCUCCCUCCAUCUAUGGCAGCGAUGAUCUGAAAAAGGCCAUCACCUGUCUGUUGUUUGGAGGAUCAAGGAAGAGGCUGCCUGAUGGUCUCACUCGUAGGGGGGACAUCAACCUGCUGAUGCUGGGAGAUCCCGGUACAGCCAAGUCCCAGCUGCUCAAGUUUGUGGAGAGAUGCUCACCUAUUGGGGUUUAUACCUCAGGGAAGGGCAGCAGUGCAGCUGGUCUGACUGCCUCCGUGCUGAGAGACCCCAACACCCGUGGAUUCAUCAUGGAGGGGGGAGCCAUGGUGCUGGCCGACGGCGGCGUCGUAUGCAUCGACGAGUUCGACAAGAUGAGAGAGGAUGACAGGGUGGCCAUUCACGAGGCCAUGGAGCAACAGACCAUCUCCAUCGCCAAGGCCGGCAUCACCACCACGCUGAACUCUCGCUGCUCGGUGCUGGCUGCAGCCAACUCGGUGUUUGGCCGCUGGGACGACACAAAGGGGGAGGACAACAUUGACUUCAUGCCCACCAUCUUGUCCCGUUUUGACAUGAUCUUCAUCAUCAAAGACCAGCACGACCAGCAGAGGGACAUGACGCUGGCUCGCCACGUGAUGAAUGUUCACCUGAGCGCCCAGACGCAGACGGAGGGCGUCGAGGGAGAGAUUCCACUGGCCACCUUCAAGAAAUACAUUGCUUAUGCCAGAACUAAAUGCGGCCCUCGGCUCUCUGCUGCGGCUGCGGAGAAGAUGAAAAACAGAUACGUGGUGAUGAGGAGCGGAGCGAGGGAGCAUGAAAGAGAGACGGACAAAAGACCCUCCAUCCCCAUCACUGUCAGGCAGCUGGAGGCCGUCGUGCGUAUCGCAGAGUCCCUGGCCAAGAUGAAGCUGCAGGCGGUGGCUGGAGAGGAAGAGGUGGACGAGGCCCUGAGACUCUUCCAGGUCUCCACACUGGACGCCGCACUGUCUGGCAGCCUCUCAGGAGUGGAGGGCUUCACUUCUCAGGAGGACCAGGAAAUGAUCUCCCGCAUUGAGAAGCAGCUGAAGAGGCGCUUUGCCAUCGGCUCGCAGGUGUCCGAGCACAGCAUCGUCCAGGACUUCACCAAACAGAAGUAUCCAGAGCACGCCAUCUACAAGGUCCUCCACCUGAUGUUGAGGCGGGGUGAGCUUCAGCACCGCAUGCAGAGGAAAGUGCUUUACAGAGUCAAGUAGAGCGAAGUCUCUUCUAACACACACACGGUAUAUUGCUGAUGUAAAUAGUUUUGAUCUGCCUAUUUGUGCUACUCUGUUUGCUGCUCGACAUCUUUGAACAAUUUCUGGUCUCAGUCGCGGUAAAAACUGUUCAAUUCAGACUUCAGGUGGAUCUUGAUUCAUGGCUGCGACUGUCUGGUUGAAUGCAUCUGAAUUUAUACUAAAACAGUGAAACAUGUCACUGUUACAGAAAGAUGUUAUCAAGUGUCUGCACGACGUGUAAACAAUUAAAGUGUUUGAAAUCGUACCGGGACUUAAAGUGUUUCAUGUUCAACACAGAAGUGAAAAGAUGAGUUAUGGAGACAGUUUUCUUUAUAGGUAGGAUUGUUUAUUAAAGUUUGUAUUAA